AUGAGACCAACUCAUAACCAAAUCAAGUUUUUGGUUGAUCAGAUGGCCAACGAUCCGCAAUUGUGUUCGAGUAAAUUUACUAAAACAUUCACACAUAAAAUCGCCCAACAGAGAUGGGAAUAUAUUGCUGUUCAAUUAAACUCGUUACCAGGAGCAGAGCAAAAUUGUGCAAAAAUGGAAAAAACAUGGCAAGAUACUAGAAAUAUUACAAAAAUAAAAACUGCAGUUAUUAAACGACAUCUAGUGGGUACAGAUGGUGGACCAAGUUGUUCAGUUGAAUUAAAUGCAAUUCAAAUAGAAACGUUACAUUUAUUGAGCAAAUCAUCAAUUAGUGGUCACGGCAAUUCGGUUGAUAACUGGUAA